CAAAGCUAGCUUAACCAAAUUUUAAAAGUUGGAUUAAGCACUUCUAUAAGUGGCAGCUUAUUAAGAAGGGUUUCAAUGCAGACCCGUCUUGCUUUCCAAGGAGCUCUUCUGGGGCUCUGGUUCUGCUUGUUUGCGGUAAGCUUCUGCUACAGCAAUGGAAAGACUGUUGAGGUCGCUGGAGAACAAGUAGUACUAGACAAAGCUUUUUCAGAGCUCCAAACAGAGGCUGCAGAGCUCAAUGAAGAAAGGAAGUUUGCAGUGCUUCCACCAAAACCCUUCUUCAAGAAACCACCUGUGCAUAAGAUUCCCAUUGUAAAGAAGCCAUUUCCACCGAAGCCCUCCUUCAAGAAACCACCUCUACAUAAGAUUCCCACUGUAAAGAAGCCAUUUCCACCACCAGUUCCAAUCUUCAAGAAGCCACUCGCUCCAUCAGUUCCAAUCUUCAAGAUUCCACCUUUUAAGAAGCUGAGUCAUCCGCCGGUGCCAGUUGUGGAACGAAAAAAUGGGGAUCCAGGAUAUCGGAUUCCAGGAUAUCCGACGAGCCCAUUUCCCCCUCCUCUUUUCAAGUAGGUCUCUUCCUCCACCCAUUCCAACAUUCAAGAAGCCUUUUCCUCCACAUCCUUUCCUUUGUAAGCUACUCCUUCCUCUGGUUCCCUAAAGCUAGCCUAGUGUUCUUUCAACUAUAACAAUAUUGUUAAGGGAUGAAAGCAUAGAAGUUAUGUAUUGGUAUAGAAUAAAUUUCUGCAUGGAGAGAGAGAGAGAGAAGAAAAAAAGGAUAUGACUACGAAAGAAGAAACUGUUCUUGAAACUUUAUUAUAUAUUUCUACUUGUUCUUGCUGUUA